ACCAUGUAAAGCUUAUGGCUUUUAGUUGUGCUCUUCACUGGUAAAAUAAUGUGGCUCUUGCGUUACAUCAGCUAUAAAAUGCAGUAUAUUAAAUACUGUUUGAUCCUUUUUACAUGUUUGUUCAUCUUAUCAGGACUCUCUUUUAUAAUACUUGGAGCGUCCAUAAAUGCAAUUUACAGUGACUACUCAUAUUUUUUACAUAUGAAGUAUUUCUCACCUUCAGUCCUACUUACAUCAAUUGGAUUUGCAAUUUUUGUAGUCGCAUUUCUAGGGAUGUUCGGAGCUAUAAAGGAAUCUCCUUUGUUUAUUCUUAUUUUUGGUUUUUCAUUGGGCAUCAUAUUCAUCCUGCAAGUCUCAGCCGGCCUGACAAACAACUUUUUGAUGAAAGAUGUCGAGAAGGAGCUCAAUUUUUCAAUCAACAAAACCAUGCAUCUAUAUCCGACAAACAACAAAUCUGCCAUAAAUAUGGACAUUCUUCAACAAUCAUUCCAAUGCUGUGGGUUGAAAGCACCGGCGGACUGGUACACCAUCGACAAUGGAACACUUCCAAAAUCAUGUUGCUUAGAGUUUUUGAAUGAGAGCAAAUGCCUCUACCCAUUUGACAGGGGAUGCCUCCCCAUCCUCACAUCCAUCACUCAUUACUCAGGGAAAAUUUUCAAUCUGAUCACUUAUGUCCUUUCCGUGAUGCAUCUGGCUGGGAUGUUUUUUGCUUUCUACCUUGGAAGCGUGAUGAAAGAACAGAAGAGAGCAAGGGAAGCACGAAAAUGGCUCAUCAGAGAUCAAAUUUUGAACUACUCUAAUGAUUAUGAUUUCAAAAUCAAGGGUUCAAAUUCUUUGCCACCAUAUUCACCAUAACUUUUUGCAAGAAUAUCUCUUACAGUUUAUUGUUUUUUUUUUUGUUUUUGUUUUUUAUAGCUGUAUUAAAUUUUACAAAAUAGAAUGAAA